AGUUUAGAUUCCCAGCAGUAAAUCCGUGCAGCCAUUGCUCACAGAGGCACCACGUUCAACAGGAGAAAAUUCUUCAGAAAAGCUGCAGAAUUUUAACAUUCUUCUUGUAUAAUAUCAUUAUGGCUAAGGAAGGAGUGGAGAAAGCAGAAGAGACAGAACAGAUGAUAGAGAAAAAUGGAGGAAAAGAACAGGAAAAUGGCUUGGGGGCUGAUACCAAAGAGAUGAGAGCUGUGGUUCUUUCUGGCUUUGGUGGUCUGAACAAGCUAAGGGUGAACAAGAAACCUAUGCCCGAACCUCAGGAAGGAGAAAUUAAAAUCAGAGUCAAAGCAUGUGGAUUAAACUUCAUCGAUCUGAUGGUUCGACAAGGAAACAUUGACAGUCCUCCAAAGACACCUCUCAUCCCAGGAUUUGAACUGUCAGGAAUUGUAGAAACUCUGGGAGAAAAUACUAAAGGUUUUGAGAUAGGAGAUCGAGUUAUGGCUUUUACGAAUUACAAUGCCUGGGCAGAGGUCACAUGCAUUCCUCAAGAGUUUGUCUACAAAAUCCCAGAUGACAUGAGUUUUUCUGAAGCAGCAGCCUUCCCUAUGAAUUUUGUGACCGCUUAUAUGAUGUUGUUCGAAGUGGCAAAUCUAAGAGAAGGAAUGUCAGUGCUGGUUCAUUCUGCAGGAGGUGGAGUGGGUCAAGCUGUUGCACAACUUUGUUAUACUGUUCCCAAUGUUACCGUUUUUGGAACAGCUUCCUCAUUUAAGCAUGAAGCAAUCAAAGACUCCCUAACGUACCUGUUUGACAGAAACAGUGAUUAUGUCCAAGAAGUAAAACGAGUAUCUCCUGAAGGGGUAGACAUAGUUCUGGAUUGUUUGUGUGGAGAAAAUACUGGUAAAGGUCUGAGUCUUCUCAAACCACUUGGAACAUAUAUUCUAUAUGGCUCAUCAAACAUGGUUACUGGGGAAACAAAAAGCUUCUUCAGCUUUGCUAAAUCAUGGUGGCAAGUUGAAAAGGUGAACCCAAUCAAAUUAUACGAAGAGAACAAAGUCAUAGCUGGAUUUUCACUUUUAAAUCUUCUUUUCAAACAAGGCAGAAGUGCCUUGGUGAAACAAGUGAUGGACAAGUUGAUAAAAUUAUACUGUGGAAGAAAGAUCAAGCCACGAGUAGAUUCAUUAUGGGCUUUAGAAGAGGUGAAAGAAGCUAUGCAAAGAAUCCAUGACAGAGGCAACAUUGGCAAACUGAUUCUGGAUGUUGAAAAAUCUCCAACUCCAUUGAUGGCAAAUGACAGUACAGAGACUAGUGAAGCAGGAGAGGAAGAAGAAGACCAUGAAGGAGACAAUGAAAAUAAAGAAAGAAUGCCUUUUAUCCAGUAGAAUAAUCAAAAAGAUAAAACAAAAUUCCUGUUUGUCGCAGUGGAUCAUGGCUUGGAAAUGUGAUCUGUUUGUUCGAAUGAAUGUUGUCGUACAAUGUGUGUUGUGUUUGUCUGCAGUCAGCGGAAGCUGCAAGCUGUUGAAAAUUAUGUUUUUGAACAACUGAAGUGCAAUUGCCUGUUCAGUGCAGUAUUCUGACAUCAUAUUUUGUGUUACUGAGAUCCCAUUAUAUAGUUUUGAUAUACAUGCUUGCCUUAGUAUUUUGAAAAAAUGAAGUGUUUGGAAGUUAUUUGCCUACUUUCCUCAAACUGAAAAACCCAUUUUGCUACAGUGUAUGCAGAACUACUAACUGUGUCCUUUUUCAUAGUGUAUCUUUUCAUGUAUCAGAGAUUUAUUAAUGUGUGCUUCAAACAUGCUGUACAUGUAGAAGUGAACUUUGUAGAGGUUUAAUUUUCUGGAUACUGGUUUGUCCCCACAGUUAAACAAUCAGUGAAACAGACUUUAGAAAAACUUCAAGAUGUGCUUAAUAGCAAAGUCUAUGCAGUCUUUAAAGUGUAACAUGAAAAGACUGCAUUCAUUGACACUUUUAGCACAUGCAGUCAUACAGUAAAAGCUCAUUAAAUGUUGAACAAAUCAGGUAUAUCAAAUUAUCUGCACAAUCCCGUAUCAGUAGGUCAGAGAAAUAAAUGUGUUUACAGAUUUCCAUAUUAAAGAGCAUAUCUAACAGCAGAAGUUGGCCUUGUAAUUGAUUUUACUUCACUUUAUGACUUUUCCUAUGUCAUGUUAUCCACUGUUUUGAGCCCACUUUACAUUUUAUACUCUUCCCCAUUUAUUAUGUGGCAGAAGUCAGAUUAUUAUUAUCAGCACUAUAUAACAAUCUUAAUGUUGGGAAUAAAAUUGUAGAGCAUUUAACAGAUAGUGCUGUAUGGUCACCUAGGACUAUAACUGUAUAUCAAACGUGGAAAAUGAGUCAGGUCAUAGUCAAGGAAUGUACCAUCAGAAAUGUACAGUCUUAUAAAAUGGGACUGGAAGAGAAAUGCCAAUGACCAAUGUUCAGAAACAUCUUAAAAGUAGUAAAGUACAUUGGCAUGUUAUAUGUACGCAUGCACCUAUCUAUAUAUAGAUAGGUAAAUAAAGACAUAGACUCACUGGAAUAAUCUCCACUUACCUUUAAGCAUGCAUUUUUAAAUAUGAAAUCAUUGUAUAUUUAAUAGAUUAUGGAUAUUUUACACACCAUUUCAAAAUUGGACUUUGUUUUUUAUUUUCAGUGAUCAGAAAAAUGUAAGAAUUUCUCAAACAUAAAGUGAUAAUAUAUGCAACCAUAAAUAUGAUUUUGUGCUAGCUCAAGGAUUCAGAUUGUAAACUAUUGUGUGGUAUUAUCAUGCCUACUGAAUUUUUUUGAUCUAUAUUAAAAGACUGCAUGGCCACAGGAUUGAAUCCCAGAUCAGUGAGACCAGAGCAUCAAAGAAUACAAUUGUCAAAGCCAACUUGUUCAAAUUUCACCUCAUUGAAUUGCAAUAGUUGGCCAACAGAUGAGACGUUAACAUCUUACAUGUAACUUUUGGUAUGUAUAACAUGAUGGUACUAAAUAUAUAUAUUUAUUCUGACUUAUGUGCACAUUCCUGAGCUGUUGGCCAACUACUGAGAUUCAGUGUGGUGAGAUUCAAACAAGUCAGCUUUCAACAAUUGUAUUCUUCAGUGUUGUAGUCUUGAUGAACUGGGAUUCAUUGUUUUGACAUUCGAUCUUUUAAUAUGGAUCCAGAUUUUUUUAUUAUGCGAAACAUUAAACCAAGCAUGACUUAAAGUUAGACUGUCAAUAGCAAAACUCUAAAUUACCCACUUUCAUCUUUAUCUUUACUGACAAAUUAGUACUUCAGUACAAAUAUGAAUAGAUUAUUAGGUUCAUUUCAGUUUAUGUUGCAGUAACAUUAGAAGUUGUAGAACCAGGAAAGGACAUGUUCUGUUUUAAUAUCGGGUACAUGUCAUAAUAUAAAGUUUUUUUUUUUGUACUUCACGCCAUAUGUCAACUGGAUGUAAAAGUAAGUAAGUGAAUAAAUAAAAGAUUUGAAGACAGACUGAUUUUUUACUCAAAUUUUCAUUUUGAAAUGUCAGUUCUGCUUCAAAAGAUAUACAAAAACAUCACUUUCAAGUUUAUAUUUUGUAGCAUUAUCCACUUUUACAUUAAGAUAUAGUUUGAUGCUAAUGUUUUACGUAAAUGUGCCAAAACCUUAAAAAAUAUGCACCUUCUGAAAAGUAAAAACUUAAAUUUGGAAGUAACUGUGAAAUUGUUAGUACUGGUUAACAUGCAUACCUCUUUUUAAAGUUAGUUAUUUAUAUGCAUGACAAUGGGUUUGAUAGGAUAAAGUACCUUAAUAUUUGCCCAUUGUCUGUACAUUUACAUUUAUCCCAAAUUUAAGCAUAUGCUUGGACAAGAAAUAGUAUUAACCACAAGUGUUAAUAACAUACUUUUUCUCUGAGUAGCAGAUUCUGCUGAACUACAAUUUGUGAUUAUUCAGAUAAUACACAUUAAAAAUCAGUAUUGUUCUAGGUAAGUGGUGCACACAUAUUUCAUUACUAUGAUAUUUUAUUACUGCUUACCAGAAAUAGAGUAAUAUUAAGCCAAGAUCCUUUCCAGACUGUCUGUCUCCAGUAAAUGUUUCUUUUAUGGUGGACCUCAACCUUGUGUGCAUGUAUUGAGUACCAUGUAUACAAUGCUUUUGUUGUUACAUUUAUAGGUUAAAACAUAAACUGUCCCAUGCUAUGAUAAUGAAUACCAUUACCAGAAAUGAACCAUCAGCUUGCAUCCCAGGAUAUCCUUUACAUUUCAGAUGAAGUCUGUUUAUGCAAUAGCUGGAGUAGUAGUAAUAUGGUGCUUUCACUAGUGUAAGGGAGAAAGAUAAGAUUAUAUCAGUGCAAGGAUGCUCCAUUUGCUUUGGGCAGGACAUGGUUAUAAUAGAAAUUGUACCAGAUUUUUUGUUAGAAAUAAUUAAUAUACUUAUAUGAAUCAAAAUGCACAUUCAACUAAAAAUACUCUUGGAAAAUGACAUAGUGAAAAAAAAUGUCUUCUUUUUUCAGUUGUGUUUGCCAACCACCAUGUGCUCCUUCACAAUUAGGGGUGAAGGCAAAAAUAUGAAAUAAAUAUUUUAUAGUUAUAAGCUGUAAAGAAAUGAAAGGAACACCCGUGGACCAUGUACAGCAGUUUAAUGCUAUUGCCUGUGGCUUUAAUUACUUAGGAAAUGCCAAAAACUGCAGUCAGAUAAUAUGGUAUUCAUUAUUAUCUUUGUUUUCCUUGGGUUCAUUUUAACACAUACACGUUCUGUAUUUAAGUCUGUAUUUGUCAACAUCUAUUGAGAAGGCACUAAAAUUUUAGCUGCAGAAAGUCACCUUUCAGACCUAUGUGUUUAGUGUUUCUUCUUAAUGCAGUAAUGCAAUUAGAUAGUUUUGCCCACAUCCAUGAAUAAAGAUGAAUUACUGGCACCAUGUGUAACUUUAUAUAAAAUUGUUUUAAUCUGGUGGCAAAUCACAUCAGGGCUAGCCACUCAGAGGUGUAAACAUUGGAUAUAGGUGAUUUGGUCAGAUUAACUAAUGUUGCUGUGAUACCUUGACCCCCUUUAAAAAUGAGAAAAAAGAACUUGAUGAGGACACACUGAUUUGUAAUGUAACGAAGGCCGUAAAGUCUUUUUCAUGGAACUAAAUUAAGAGGCAAUCUUCUUUUUUGCAUGCUGUGUUUUGCCAAAUGUAUGCCUAGUCUAUAUUAAGCAGCAUUAAUGAUGACUUUAGUUCAGAGAUGUAUAGUGUGUGUGUGUGGGUGAGUGUGUGUAAAAGCUAAACACUCUACCAUCUAUAAAGCCUUUGUUUACAGUAAUAUACAUCCAUAAACAAUUAUUCAAAACUUGCUUAUGGAAACAUAUUUUCCAGAGAUCUGUUCUUCAAGGGUAUAAAGUCAUUUUGACACAAAGAGGACUCCUUUUUCAUGUUGAUAUGAAGUUCCUCCCACUUUUAUAUAAUCAAAUUCCAAGUUGAUAAUAUUGUCCUACUUUGCAGCACUUAAAGUACUCAUUUUCAUUCUGCACUUUUAUUACAAUUACUCUCUAAAUAGGCAGGAUUUGAAUAAUUCUGUUUGAUAAGCUAAAAUAGUACUACGCAUACUAACAGGCACACAUGAGCUCUUAAAAUUACUAGUCACAGUACUGAAUUUUACUCUUUACUGAUUACUUCAGUGAUGACAUGUAUAUAAACCUUACUAUACUUCAGCUCAAAUUAUGUCCCUUGACAAUGGUUAGCAAACACAUAUGUCAAAGUAUGUCAUCUUCAGAUACUAAUGAUAAUCAUAUUUUAAAAAACAGCCUCAUGCAUUAUGGAACUGAAAUCUGGUACAAUUUUCUUCUGUAAUCAAGUUUAACACAGCCUUGAUAUUAUGUUGAGCAGGAUUAUUUUCAGUGACUAAAAGUAUCAUUUCAUAUUGUGUUGUUAAAAGUAUCAGUCUUCAAAUUGCCUUAAACGUAAAUAGUCUUAUCUGCUCAACUCUGUAUAUAAGAAAAAAAGAAAGAAAGAAACACUGUUUUGUUAUAUGUUGCAUAGCUUUUUGUUAUAUUGUGCCUAUAAAGCAAAUUAUGUUUACAGAAGUUUAAAAUAAAGUUAUCAGCAUAGCAUUUA